AUGACGAACGCCUCCGGCUCUUCUGGAGGCACAGGGUCUAGCCUGGCCAAGGUUACGGUCAUCGUUGCAGGUGUGGCAUCUUUGGUGGCUACAUUAAUAUCUCUAAUGGUUCCGAUAUACUCUGUCUCGUCGUGGGUGAGCAUAGUUUCGUUGAAAGCCUCUGCUUUUACAGCACCGAUCCGUGAUAUCUAUGAGCAUGCUUGGCCGCUCAACCACUUUCUUCGCAAAGUCGAUAUUUCCGAUCCCCACACCUUCCUUGCUAUAAAGCGUGGCAUUCUGCAGUAUGCAUGGUUAAAGCCUAUCCUUGCUUUGGCUUCCAUAAUAAUGAAAGCUACCGGGACAUACCAAGAGGGCUAUCUUGGGCUCUCUUCGGGAUACCUGUGGACCGGGAUUAUAUACAACAUAAGCGUCACGCUCAGUCUUUAUUCAUUGGCAAUGUUCUGGUGGCUUGGAGCUCUACCCAAUGGCGUUGCAGGCUACAGUCCAGAUAACCUUGCCGCAGCAAUCCAGGACAGUUUGAUUUGUUUUGAAAUGCCUAUUUUCGCCCUUACCCACUGGUAUGCGUUCUCCUGGCAUGAUUAUGCCGAUGCAUCUGUAUCAGCUGCGCGGAUGCCAGUGAAGUUUGCUAUUCGGGAUGCAUUUGGAAUCCGGGAUCUCAUCGAAGACACCAAAGAAACUUUUCGUGGAGAAAACUAUCAGUACAGACUAUUUGACUCUGGUGAUAAUGUAAUAGCGCAUGAGGAAUCUGAAUCACGCUUAGCCAGAGUGAUGGAUGGUAUGAGAUAUGAAAGGGGUGGGAAGGCUAAAUACUGGAUUCCCAAACCAGGAAAAGCAACAAGUCGAACGCCCCUCUUAAGCUCGCCAACCAACAGCCGAAGGAACUCCAAAGGCUGGUCGAAACGAGGUAGUGCAAAUGAUGGAAACCUGGAUAAUGAUGAUCUGGAGGACAUGACACUCAACGAGGAAGACGAAAGACUCUUCGCAAAUGCGAGAGCAUUAGAGUUCGGAGAUUAUAAUUAUCCAGUGAUAACGGCCAAUGAGGUGCCACCCGACCAGCGACUUCCGCGACGGACGAGGUACUCGGUAUCCAACCCAGCUCGAAACAACACCGAAUCAAGCUAUGUAAAGAGAGCAGCUAAACAUAGAAACAGACGCAUUCAUAAUAACGAAGCGUCAGAGAGUUCAUCAGGCCGUAGGUCAAAUCGCAAUUCGAAACGCUCUGUUAAUGGAAACAAAGAACACAGCAGCUCCAGCAUCUCCCCCCAGUCCCGUUUGAGGCGGAGCCAACUAAUUGAUCUCGAUAUGGAUGACGUCGGCGAGACCGAACGUGAACGCUUUGGGGCGCCUGGGGAACAACAAAACAUAGUUAACGAAGCCUGUUUAGCUGAUCAGCCCGUAAAUGCGAACGGCCGAUAUGAAAGCAUCGAAGGCAGGCGCAUGGUCGAGCAGCCGACAGAACAACUCAGAUCGGCUGAUGAGGAUAAUGAGGCAGACACCGAAAGCCUUGCAGGGAGAAACAUGGCGUAUGGGUCAUUCAACGAAGAACGCGACGCUUGGGGUGGAUGA